AUGUGUACAAAAUCUACCAAAUGGAAGGUUUUCUUGUUUCCAUGGCUGGCGUAUGGUCACAUCUCUCCAUUUCUCGAGCUAGCCAAAAAGCUCGUGGAUAGAGGUUUCUUGGUUGACCUAUGUUCUUCAUCUAUUAACCUAAGUUUCAUUAGAACAAGAAUACCAGAAACAUAUUGUUCUUCAAUUCAUCUUGUGGAACUCCAAUUACCAGACUUGCAAGAGCUUCCUCCUCACUAUCAUACAGCCAAUGGCCUCCCACUCCAUCUCCAUUCCACCCUUCAAAAAGCCCUCAAAAUGGCUAAACCAAAUCUGCUCAACAUCUUAGAAGCACGAAAACCUGACUUGUUAAUCCAUGAUGUCAAGCAAUUAUGGGCUGCUGGGGUGGCUUCUACCCUUGACAUCCCGGCGGUUAGAUUCUUCACUUCUUGUGCAGCCAUGUGCUCCUAUUUCAGUCACUUGUUUGUGAAACCAAAUGUUGAAUUCCCCUUUCAAGCUCUUCGAUUAAAUCCCUAUGAGCUAACAAAAGCUCAUAAAGUGGUUAAAGAACAUCGUGAAGACGAUGAUCCUGAAGUGAGAGCUCCUGAAGAAUUUACAGGCGUGAUGCUAAUAGGCACGUCGAGAGAGAUGGAAGGUAAAUACAUCGACUAUAUGUCCGAAAUAAUCAAAUUUAAGGUCUUGCCAAUUGGUACACUAGUUCAAGAUCCUAUGACUAGUGUAGAUGGAAACAGGGAGAUCAUGGAAUGGUUAGGGAAAAAAGACAAGUUCUCAACUAUAUUAGUCUCUUUUGGGAGUGGCUACUUCUUGACAAACCAAGAAUUGGAAGAAGUAGCUUUUGGGUUAGAGCUUAGCCAAGUGAAUUUCAUAUGGGUAGUUAGGUUCCCAAAAGGGGAAAAUCUAAGUCUUGAAGAGGCAUUACCACAAGGUUUUUUUGAAAGAAUUGGUCAUAGAGGGAUGGUUAUGGGAGGAUGGGCUCCACAAGCAAAAAUACUAACUCAUUCGAGUAUCGGUGGAUUCGUGAGUCAUUGUGGAUGGAAUUCAAUUUCAGAAAGUAUAGAUUAUGGUAUUCCAAUUAUUGCUAUGCCUAUGGAUCUUGAUCAACCUAUGAAUGCUAAAUUGCUAGUGGAAAUUGGAGUAGCUUUGGAGGUUUUGAGGGAUGAAAAUGGAGCACUUCAUAGAGAAGACAUAGCAAGAGUUAUCAAAGAUGUAAUAUGUGGAAAAUCAGGGGAGAAUUUGAGAUGUAAUGUGAGAAAUUUGGGUAAGAAGUUGAGAUUUAAAAAUGUGGAAGAUAUUGAUGCAGCUGUUAUGGAGCUAACACAACUUUGUCAUGAGAAGAAUCAUAGUUCUUGGAUUCGAGUCACGGGUAUGGAGCCGCGCUUGGUAGAGCCCUCAAAAAUGGAACUUUCUAGCGCAAAUUCAGAUUAA